CCUUUUCACAGGGCGUGGCACCAACAACGUCAUCACCUACCGCGGCGUCAAUUUGGUUCGCUUUUGAUGCAUUGGCGUUUGCUAACCGCGUGAGUCUAGAGCCAAAGCAACAAUUUUUCUUUUCGAACUUUAUUCGGUGCGUAUAGCGAUGCAUCGAAUUAGGUGAGGCCUCAUUAAGACUCGGCUCUUGUGUGUUUUGCGUGUUUUACGGUGAUGAACAACCUCUUUCUGAUCUCUUUCGUGACUCUGCCGCGUCAUUUUGAGUGAUGAUUUAACAUUGAGACUUGACAGACGUCAAAUGCAGGUACAAACGUGCGUACGUAAUCUAUGAUGCGUGUUCUGUGUGGUACGCACUUACCAAAUGGUUUGGUUUGUACCUCCUGAAUACUUCCUAGAAAGUGCAUCGUUUAGGGAAUGUCUGACGUGAAGAGGAAGUCUUUAGACAAGUCUGGAGGUACUGAGAGAUAAACCAGUCACUCAGUGUUGCUGUACUGUGUUUACUUUUCCGUCAUGUCGUUUUCCAAAGUGCUCGUAGAUUCAGUGUUUGGCAAGAGUCCCGAGAUGUGUACAAAAAGAGAUCUUUGUAUGUUCUUACAACGACAUCGUACUAUUGCCAGUGACCUUGCUCUUUCAACAACUGGAACAAAGUCUAUUCUUAUUGAAAGAGUCACGAAUGCCAUCAAACAAGGAAUGUACCUGCUAGAAGAUUCUAGUGAAGAGGCAGAACAAGAGUGUGUUUUUGGACUGCCUGAUUGUGCUUCAGAUGGUUGGCAGAAUCAGAUGGAGGAAAUACACAUGGUCUGCCCAGUAGUAACAAUAGCUAGCAUAUUACACCACAUGCGACCAGCAACAGGCGUGUCAUCAAUUCAGGCCGCUGCAUUCAGAAGUCUGACAGAAGGUCAUACCGUGUGGAAGUCUGGUCAUGUCAUUGAGAUGGUCCUCAUUACAACUCAGUUUGCCUAUACUUGGAUGAAGUUCAAAGUGCUAGCUACAAUGAAACAAGAGAUCAGGAGAGUAUGCAUCGCCUUUGAGAAACGUAGCCACAACAUCAAAUUUGCACAUUGCACUUGUCCUGCUGGUCUAGUAGCAAGUAGCAAGGUAGCAAGUAGAUAG